UCUUCAGCGUCAGUUUUCAGUGAGAAUACAGAAGAAGCCAAUGAUUGUAAAUCACCUAUGUAUAAAACAAAACAAACUGCAGAGGAAUGCAAGUGCUGCAGGUUUGCAAAAGAUGAUACACACUUUACUAAGGAAGAAGAUGUAAACAUCUCACCAAGUCAUCUGGAAAGUGUUUUACACAAUACCUUCUCAAUAAGAUCUAACAUUGUACAAAACAAAAAUGACUCUAUUGAUGAGACCCUAGAAGAUUCAAUUGGCAUCCAUGCUUCAUUCUCUAAAUCUAACAUUCAUCUUUCAGAUGUAGAUUUUACUCCUUCAAGCAGAGAAAAAGAAACUAGAAAUACAUUGACGAACAUUUCAGAAAACCACAUUAAUCACUCAUGCCAAGCAAAUGCUUCCUUCAGCCCACCAAACAAAUGCCAAGCAAAUGCUUCCUUCAGCCCACCAAACAUUUACAAGCAUAGUAAUGGCAGGAUAUUUGAAUGCCUGGAUGAGUUUUCAUCACCAGAGCCAAGUGACCAAAAGAGUACUGUGCAUCUGAAUCCAAAUUCCAGAAUGGAGAACAGAGAGAAAUCUUUAGAUAAAACAGAAAGAAUUGGCAAAAAUGUGGAAAGACUUGUAAGAGAAGCAUGCACCCAUAAUGUGGCAUCUAAGUCAUUGCCUUUUCUCCAUGUUCAAAGCAAAGAUGGUCACACCACUCUUCAAUGGCCUACAGAACUUCUGCUUUUUACAAAAACAGAACCAUGUAUCUCUUAUGGCUGCAACCCACUAUAUUUUGAUUUUAAGCUUUCUCGGAAUGUAAAGAAUUCCCAUAAUUCAGAGGACUUAAAACCAGAAUUGGGUAAGGAACUCCUGAAAAGGAAGACUAAAAUAGAGAGCCAAGUCUCAGGUUUAAUCAAAGAUCAACAAAAAUUGAUCCCAGAGGAUAAUCAGUCUCUAAAACCAAAGAUGAUGAUAGCUAAACCAGAUUGGGAAAAUUUCCAGAGAAAAUAUGAUUUAGGCUACAACGAUUCUGAGCCAAGUAAAGAUGAGCAUAAUUUUAUUCCAAAUGAUUUGGAAAUGGAAAAUCCUGAAGUGCCUGCUUACCUUGAUACAUCUCUAAAGAAUUGCUUAGGAACCAGUAAUAAUAAUGGUAAUGAACUUAUGGAAUCUUCAAGGGCCCACUGGAAAAGCUGCAGAAGGUUACUUCUAAAUGAUGCAAAUGAGAGCCUAUCUUUUCCUCCUUAUAUUUCUAGGACUAAAACACAUAAACCAAUUCCUUGCAAUCCUCCUGCAGGGUUUGAAGAUGAAAACCAAUUCAACUGGAAUUCUAAUUGUUGUACAGUAGAAGAUCAUAGUGACCAUCAAAACGACUUCAGUGUAAUUUUGAAUAGUAACCACAUCAGCAUGACAAGUAGUAUUUCUGGAUGUGGAAACCGAAGUUACAGGAGAAGCUCUCCAAAGUCAUCUCUGACUGGACGUUCUAACUCUUUAGAUACAUCCCCUAGCAGCAUGUCCAGGUUGAGAAGUAGCUGUUCAAGUCAUAGGUAUGAUAGUAAUGGCAGAGAUAAUUGGCUCUACUUUUGUAAAAAAGAACACAGCUCAGUUGAAGGGCACAAACGGAAAUGCAGAAAGCGCAACUGCUUCUACUUGUCUGAUGAGAUAGCAAAGGGCAACCGAAUGCAGUCAGAAACACAGAAAGAGAGGAACUGCAAAUUGUGGGAGUCAUUUAAAAAUGAAAAAUAUUCAAAACAUAGAUAUUGUCACUGCAGAGAACGACAU